AUUCUUUUUCCCAAGGCGCGUCCCCUCCAUACAACACAACGCGUUCGUCUUGCAAAUCAAUCCCCCCACCAAAAGGGCAACUCAACGAACGACUUCCACCGCGUAAAGGAUUGAAAAAUAAAUAUAUACACACCUCAAAGCAUUCUCAUUAGUGAGCGAAUUAUUCCAAAACUACUACUCAACUACUAGAUAGUACCAGCCUCAUAGCAUGGGACGAGUCCCUUUGUAGUCCGGAGAACUCGGGACUUUGACCUGUCGCAAUGUCUAAGAUAGACAAAUUAUCCAUCUCGGGCGUUAGGUCCUUCAGUCAUCUCACGCGGGAAACUAUUCAGUUUAACACACCUCUUACUCUUAUCGUCGGGUAUAACGGCUCAGGUAAAACCACCAUAAUCGAAUGUCUUAAAUAUGCCACUACCGGCGAGCUACCUCCCAACAGCAAGGGCGGAGCUUUCAUUCACGAUCCUAAGCUAUGCGGAGAACGAGAAGUAUUAGCCCAGGUUAAGCUGAAAUUCAAUGUCCCCCCCGAUACUACCUAUGUCGUCACCCGUAGUCUGCAGCUCACUGUGAAGAAGACCACGAGGUCCCAGAAGACCCUCGAGGGCACCCUCCUCACCGACCAUGGAGGCGAGAAGAACUCGACCUCCUCCAGAGUAAUUAAUCUCGAUACCGCCGUCCCUACCAGUCUAGGUGUUGCUCCAGCUAUUCUCGAUGCUGUAAUAUUCUGCCACCAAGACGAAUCACUAUGGCCUAUGAGUGAGCCUUCGGCUCUCAAAAAACGAUUCGACGAGAUUUUCGAGGCUAUGAAAUAUACCAAAGCGAUCGACAACCUUAAGCUGCUGAAAAAGAAGCAGGGGGAAGAGCUGCAAAAAUAUAAGAUAAUGGAAGGCCAAGACAAAAUAAACAAGGAGAAGGCCGACAGGUGCGAAAAACAAUCUCGGGCGUUAUUUGAAGAGAUCGAGAAGCUACGUAAGGAGUGCGAACGGAUGGAGGAGGAAAAGAGCGAAGCUGACCGUAAUGCCGUCGAGAUGCACCGGGAGGCGAACAGCUUCCUCAAUAUUGUGAAUGAUUUAAAGAGCAACCAGCGGGAACUCGGCUAUCUUGAACAGAAAUUAGAGGAGACGAAAUCCAGAAUGACUGAGAUGCAUGAGCCCGACGACUGGUUGCAGGAUACUCUAGCACAGUACGAAGAUCGGGUUGCGAGAUUGGAGCAGGAGCUGAGGGAGAAUAUUGAGCAAUUCCGACAGUACCAGAAGGAUCACUCCAAGACCAGUGACGAGGUAAAAGAAAAGCUUGCAGAACAGGGCAUGCACCAAUCCGAUAAAGCCAAGUAUGAACGUCAGCUUGCUUUGCGGAUUGAGUACAUCCGUCAGGCCGCCCAGCUACAUAGUAUUCGCGGCUUCGAUGGAGAUUUAGAUGACCGUAAAGUUCAAGCGUUUCAGGAGCGAAUCCAGACUCUAUUGACAGACAAGAAGCGAGAAUUCGAGAACUUACAAUUGGAGAAUGCCGAUGAGCUCGAAAAAAAGAGAGCUGCCAUCGGGGACUUAGAAAAUCAAAAGGCUCGCCACACUCAGAAUCGCAUUUUUGCGAGGCAAGCAAUUGAAAAAAUAGAGAAACGAAUUGCAGCCCUGCAAAAAGAUCUCAACGCGGUGGAAGUAGACGAAGGUAGCAAGGCGUUGCUGGACGCAUCCUUUAAGGAUGUAGAACAGCGGCUUGGGCAGGCCACUCAAGAACUACAGAAGGGUGAUUUUGAUGCAAGAUUGCAGCAAGAAGAGAGCAAACUCCAACAACUCGAAGCCGAGAACAAUAAGCUUAAACAUGAGCUCAUGGAAUCGACUAAGCUCCUUGCCGACCGGGCGCAAUUAGACGUUCGUAAGAUGGAGCUAGCUGACAAGAAGCGGAAACUGGAUACCCUCACCAGCACCUGGAACGAUAAGAUAUCUAGCAUCGUCAGCAGCUCAUGGGAGCCUUCUACUAUCAACCGCGAGUUCCAGAAUGCUUUACAGCUUAAGACGCAAGCCUAUGACGAGGCAGUGCGAAAGCGUGACGAUACUGUUCAGCAACUUAAGCAAGUACAAUAUACGCUUUCUAGCUCACAGGCAACGGUUAGGAAGCACAAUGAAGAGAUGGAACGAUGCAAGUCGGCGGUACUUAACGCGCUUAAGGCAGUAGAUUCCAUGUCCGAACCGAGCGUUGAUAAGCUACCUGAAGAGAUCGAGCGCCUCGAAGAGGAGAUCCUUACUUUGGAGAAGGAUUUGGCCCUCUUCGAACACUUCAAGGAAUACUAUCUGGAGUGUCAGAGAGUGUUAAAUAAACACAAUAGGUGUAAACUCUGCGAUCGCACCUUCGUUGACGUAAAUGAGAAGUCCCGUUUGGUCAAGAAAAUCAAGGAAGCGCUCGGGGAAAGUAAGAAAGAGGAGAUGCGAACUGAGCUGUCUGAGUGCGAAGAGUUAUUAGGAAAUCUUCGAGCCGUUCGUCCUCAAAGUGAAACCUACGCUAGACUAAUGUCAGAAAAGGGCGAUAUUGACAGAGAGAUCCGAGUAGCCAAGGAAAGAGAGGAGGCCUUGGUGCAAAGCGUUGAGGAGAUGGAUGAGGUUGUCCGCGGAAGGCUAGAGGAGAAGCAAGACCUCGAAUCGAUGAGCAAAACAGUGCUUAACAUCUCUCAAACACACAAAGAGAUUGAAGAAGCCGAGGCUCAAGUGGAAAGUAUUAUGUCUCAACAGCAGUCUAGUGGUGCAGUUCGCAGCACUCAUGAGAUCCACGAACUACAAGAUAAAUGUGCCGAGCAAAUGAAAGGGGUGAAACACAACUACUCCCAGUUAUCAGGCGACAGACAACGCAUGCGAGAUCUAGUAAGUUCUCUCGAGCUAGAGCGAAGUCGGCUAAGCAAUAGAAUCAGCGAUGCUAGCCGGCAGCUUGAGAGAAAAAAAUACUUCCAAGACCAGAUUCAGGCCCAGAAGGACGAUAUGAAUAAGCAAAAAGAAGUCAUCCAAGAUGCAGAUAAAGAAAUAGGACUAAUCGAGCCGGAGAUUUUCAAGGCCAGAGCCAUCCGAGAUGAUACACAACAGAGAGGGCGCACGAAAGAGAAAAAGGUUGCUGAUGAGCGUGAUGGGCUUGCGGCAUCAGUUAACGAGUUGAAACUAGUUAACAACGACAUACAAGACUAUCUAGAUCGCGGUGGGCCAGCACUCCUUGCUGCUAACGAGCGGCAAAUUCAGUCACUCGAUAAAGCUAUCAAGCGUAUCGAGAAAGAUAUGAACGACCUCACAGCACGGACAAACAAAAUAAAGGAAGAGGUCAGCAACAGCGAGUUGAGGAAGAAGAAUAUUAUGGAUAAUCUCACUUACCGAAAGACGCUUCGAGAUAUCGAAAAAUUUAAACGAAACAUCGAAGAGCUCGAAUCUCGUAACGCUAACGAAGAUUACGAAAGGCUGGAUGCGGAAGCUAAACACUGGGAAUCGCGAAGCCAUAUGUUGAAUGCGAAUAUAAGUUCCAUAAAAGGAACGAUGAUGAGCAAGGAUAGCGAGCUGGAACGUCUUAUAGCCGAGUGGGAAACUGAUUAUAAAAUGGCAAAAGAAAAGUACCGCGAAACGCACAUCAAGGUAGAAACGACUAAAGCAGUGAUUGAGGACUUAGGCAAGUAUGGUACAGCGCUCAGCAAUGCCAUCAUGCGGUACCACGCGCUCAAGAUGGAGGAGGUGAACCGGAUCGCAGGCGAACUGUGGCAGAGCACCUACCAAGGCACCGACAUAGACACGAUCCUAAUCAAGUCGGAUAGCGAGGUCACGACGGGCCGGAGCUCGUACAACUACAGAGUUUGCAUGGUGAAGCAGGACACCGAGAUGGACAUGCGAGGGCGAUGCUCGGCUGGUCAGAAAGUGCUGGCGAGUAUUAUCAUCCGCUUGGCAUUGGCAGAAUCUUUUGGUAUCGGCUGCGGGUUGAUCGCGCUAGACGAGCCUACGACUAAUCUCGACCGAGACAACAUUCGAAGCUUAGCUGAAAGCUUACAUGCCAUUAUUAAGGCCCGAAAGGCGCAGGCUAAUUUCCAACUCAUUGUCAUCACACACGACGAAGAGUUCCUCCGCCAUAUGCGCUGCUCGGAUUUCUGCGAUUACUUCUACCGCGUAAAGCGCGAUGACAAGCAGAACAGCGUUAUCGAGCGCGAGAGCAUUUCUACCGUCCUAUAAAAUAAAAAGGUUCGACAUUCCUUUAUUAUUCAAUACCUUGUUAGCUUCAAUAAUUUGGCCCAAUUCGAUCGAGAAAUGGCCGGCCACUUUAUUUCGCUAUAUGCCACUGGAGCUUCGGACUUGAUUUGCGCUAAAUAUGGGUUUGUUGGCGUUCAUAUACGAAAAGACUGGAGAUCUUAUAAUGAAAAAAGGAAUCAUGUACCACCCUUUCCUCACUAGCUUCAUGAAAGGAACCUUUAAUGCUCGGUAUGGCUAAGCGAGCAUUCCAUACGUCCCCUAAGGGACAUGUCUAGGUAGUCAACGUAGUAAUAUCACGAUGUAUGCAUGA